UGAGACUGUACAUACAUGUACUUAUAUCAGUAAAGAUGACAUAUCCCAAAUAUCAGUGAUACUUGAACCAGUUGAAGAUGACUGGUAUCACAUUGGACAGUGUCUUGAAGUGAAGGAAUCAGUGUUAACUGAAAUCAAAGAGAUGACACCAGUUGAUUCAAGAUUAACUCAUGUACUUGAGACCUGGUGUCAUGAGAAGGAUAGAACAAUAACUGAACUGAAGGACUCAUUGAAAAGAAUGGAUAGAGAUGAUAUACUGGAAGGUUUACAUGAAUUACCUACUGGACAACAUACAAUGAAUAAUGAUGAAGAAUAUGAUAUUAAUGUGAAAGAUUCAAAUGAUGAAGUUGAGACUCAAAUUGAAACUGAAAACAAAGAAAUACAAACAACACAAACAACUCUUGACAAAGAAAUUCAGUUCAACUAUCUUGUACCAUCACAAGGUUAG